CCAUUUUGGGUCUCCGGGCUACAGCAGCUAGCUGCUGGUGUUCGCUUUCACGGCGCUGCGGUACUUUUGUUUUCAUUUCUUUCUGCCGCUUUAAUACCACAGGUGAGUAAACAAGGAGCCGAACCGGCCUUCAGGUCCGAACCCGAAUCUUCCUUCGUCUGAGAAAUGGACGGGGAAGAGGACGACUUCAUGUCCGGGAGCCGCUCCGAUGACGGCGGUGGAACUCCGGUUCAGGACGAACACACGGCGUCCGAUGGCGAAGAGAUGAGGAGCGACGGGCAUCAGUCUGAGGACGAAGGCAGCAACGACGAGGACGCCGCCCACCGGAUGGAGACCGGCGGAGCAGCCAGCGGCUCCGACAACGACGACCGCCGGGGACCCAACAGCGACUCGGAGGACGAGGCCCCCAGGGGUCGCCGUGACGACAAGAGUGACUCGGAGGCGGAGGCCCCGCGGCCCGCCGACAGCGACGACGACUCUCCGGUCAAACGCCGGAUGAGCGCGUCGGACAACGAGGAGGAGGAAGAGUCUCCGGAGAAACGCAGGACGAGCGGCUCGGACAACGAGGAGUCGUCGCCGAUCAAACACGGAGCGUCCGACAACGAGGAGGCGGCGUCUCCCGCCAAGCGCCGGGGCAGCAGCUCGGACGUGGAGGAUGGGGAGGACAGGCACAAAGCGGCCGCCGACAGCGACUCGGACAACGAGGACGCCAAACCGGCAGCGUCUCCGGACCGCCGGUCCAACGCCGACAGUGACUCUGACACAGAGACGCCGGCUAGACGCAAGACGGCGGCGAUAGACUCUGACGACGACGACAAACAGGAAGGAGGAGGAGGAGGAGGCGGGAAGUGGAAGGCUGUGAUGCAGUCGGACAGCGAGGACGAGGAGGAGGGAGGACGGAGGAAGGCUGCAGCAGGAAGUGACGGAGAGCAGCGGCAGGAAGACGAGGAGCGGCGGCAGAGAGACGACAGCGAUGACGAGGACGACAAACCAGUGAAGAGGAAGAAGGCCAUCCUGUCAGACAGCGAGGACGAAGACGAGGACAAAGACGACAAACCAGCGGUGAAGCGGAGUCGGGCGGUGUCGGACGACGAGAACUCGGACAGCGACGGCGGCUUCAUGGGUCCGGACAAGAGCCUGGCGGCCAAACUGAAGGAGCUCGGCUCGGACAGCGAGAGCGACGAGGACGAGCGGGCGAAGGCGGCGGCCGGCCAGAAGGACGAGAAGGCGCUGUUCGGCAGCGACAGCGAGUCCGGAGACGAGGAGGAGAAAAUGAUCGCCGACAUCUUCGGAGAGUCCGGAGACGAGGAGGAGGAAGAGUUCACGGGUUUCAAUCAGGAGGAUCUGGAAGGAGACAAGAAGCAGGCGAAGGAGAAGCAGCAGCAGAUGGAGGAAGAGUCCGACUCGGACGAAGGCGUCGACCGCAGCGGCCAAGACACCAGCUUCAUGUCCGACUUCGACAUCAUGCUCGCCCGGAGGAAGGCCAUGAACAGCAGGAAGAGGCGGCACCGCGACGGAGGAACGUUCAUCAGCGACGCCGACGACGUGGUCAGCGCCAUGAUCACCAAGAUGAACGAGGCCGCCGAGGAGGAUCGAACUCUGAACAGCCAGAAGAAACCGGCGCUGAAGAAGCUCACGCUGCUGCCUCAAGUCGUCAUGCACCUCAAGAAACAGGACUUGAAGGAGACCUUCAUCGACAGCGGCGUGAUGUCGGCCAUCAAAGAGUGGAUCAGUCCUCUCCCGGACAAAUCUCUGCCGGCCCUGAGGAUCCGGGAGGAGCUGCUCCGGAUCCUGCAGGAGCUGCCCAGCGUCAGCCAGGAAACCCUGAAGCACAGCGGCAUCGGCCGGGCCGUCAUGUUUCUGUACAAGCACCCCAAAGAGUCUCGGUCCAACAAAGACCUCGCCCUCAAACUCAUCAACGAAUGGUCGCGGCCCAUCUUCGGCCUGACGUCCAACUACAAAGGAAUGACGAGAGAGGAGCGGCAGCAGAGAGACCUGGACCAGCAGAUGCCUCAGAGACGACGGCUCAGUCAGCCUCAGAAGGUGGAGAGGACGGAGGAGCCCGACGUCUUCUCUCCACCCACCAGGUCCACCGGCUGCAUGUUUGUUCUGCAACCAGAACCGUCUUUAACCUCCUUGAAGCGAGCGCUGCGACCCGGCGAUCCCGGCUUCUGCGCCCGAGCCCGGGUCCCGAUGCCCUCCAACAAGGACUACGUGGUCCGACCCAAGUGGAACGUGGAGGGCGACUCCAACAGGGGUCCGGUGAAGAAAGGUUUGUCACGUGUGGAUAAACAGAUGCGUAGAUUUGCUGACAUCCGCCGCCUCACGAAGACGGGUCACGCUGUGAAGAUCAGCGUGGAAGGCAACCGGAUGCCGCUCUGAUUGGGCUUUCUUUAUUUUUCUUUUCUUUUUUUUCUUUUUUUUUUUUAAACCCUCCAUAGGAUUUAUUCAGUUUUUUUUUUUUUUUUUAAUGUUUUGUUCCUGAACAAUCCCUCAGCUGCUCCCUCCUCAGGUUCAGCUCUGCCUUACUGACGGACUGAGGUCAACACUCUUCGGUCAGAAUGUCGCAAUCUGCCGUAAAACUCAGAAACUAGCUGAUCUCUGGACACAAAACUGCAAAGGGAUGCCAAAAUAAUCAAGAAAAUAAAAAAAGAAACCGGCUGCUGAUGUUGGCAAUCAGCUGUGAUCAUUUACCACCUGACGUUAGCUUAUGUUAGCAGUUAACUACAUUAGCUGCAGUCUUAAUUACGAUUAGCAUCAAGUUAGGUUUGCUCACAGUAAUGUUAGCUAAUGUCAUUAUGUUCGAGGUUAAGCUAAUAUUGGUGGGUGUUAGCUUUAGCCAAAGCCAACAAGGAUAGCUAACGUUAGCAGUCAGUGAGUAAAACUGACAUUAUUCGCCUUUGACGUAAAGCUAGCAUCAGCUAAGACAGCUAAUGUUAGCAGCUAGCUUUGUCUACAGGUCCAUAAUUUGAGCCAGUAUUAGCUGUCACUUGCAGGUUAAAAAUGAUAACGGCUAAUGCUAGGUUAAUGUCAAAGCUAAGUAAGAUAGCUAAUGUUAGCAGUCAGUAAGUAAAACUGACUUUGACUUUAACAUAAAGCUAACAUCAGCAAAGAUAGCUAAUGUUAGCAGCCAGCUUUAUCCAGAAUUUUAAACAAUAUUAGCAGUCACUUGGAGGUAAAACUGAUAAUAGCUGAGGUUAAUGUCAAAUCUAAAUAAGAUAGCUAAUGUUAGCAGUCAGCUUUAUCUAGAAUACCAGAAUGCUAGCUAAUGUUAGCAGACGACUGAAGGUAAAACUACUGUAAUACAGUCCUUAACAGUAACUCGUGCUUAAGUCAUAGCCGACCAUGAUAGCUAAUGUUAGCACUCAAAUUUAUCUCCAUACCCAGAAUGUUAGCUAGUGUUAGCAGUCACGUGGAGGUGAAACUGAUGUUAGUCGUCUUUGAUGUAAAGCUAACACCGUGCUAGAAGUCAGCCUCAUCUCCAUACCCAGAAAGUUAGCUAAUGUUAGCAGUCGCUUGGAGGUAAAACUGAUUUUAAAUGAUGCUAGCUUUAUGUCAAAGCUGACUAAGAUGGCUAAUGUUAGCAAUCAGGAGGUAAAAUUACUAUAACGUCCUUACUAUGAACUGAUGUUCGUGUUAUGUCAAUGCUAACUAAGAUAGCUUAUGUUAGUUGUGCUAGCUGUAAGGUAAAGUUAAUGUAGCUCAUUCAUAAUUUUAGCUAAAGUUAUGAACUAGCUAUGUCAGCUUAUAGCUUCAUCUCUAAACACGUAGGUUUGAACACUGGCUCAUGUUAGCGGUUGAAUUCAAACCAACUAUAUUCUUACUCUUGCUAAUCUUAGCGCAACAUUUGUUUUACUUCUAAAGAAAGGCGGUAGUGCUAGGGGUCACUUGACAUGGAGCUAGUGCUAAUGUAAUUUAUGACAUAAAGCUAAUGGACUGUCUUCCAUAGCUUCAGCAUCUGGUACUUCUGCUACUUUUAGUAGUUAAAUACAUUAGCUGACGUUAGCAGUCAACCACAUUAGCUCCACGACAGCUACUGAAUCGAUUAAGUAAACUAAUGUUAGCGUUACCUUUACCUAAAGCUGUUAGCUUAUGUUAGCCUUCAGCUUUUCAACUUUUUACAGUUUUUAUCUCUGAGGCUAAUGCUAGCUGUCGGCUACAUCAGCUAUAUCAUAAAGAUCAACAUUCUCAUUUUAGCCAUUAUUUGCCGAUAGCAUUAGCUUGUGUUAGCAAACAUUGCACGGCUGAUCAAAGGGUUGUUUUGGUGAGUUUCUUGUCCAGAGUGUCAUCGAGUUUCCCACAUUGGAUCAAAAGUAGAAUCCCUCCCGGCCCGCUUGUCUCUGGAUGUGAAGGUGUUUGUAUUCUGCUGUAGUCCGGUCCAUCUGUCCCUCCGCUGUACAUCUGUACAGAAAUACAUGGACUCUCUGCAGGACCGGGUUCACAUGUCGACACGGGGACUCUGUUGACCCGGAUCAGGUCUCUGGUCCGGUGUCGGUGUGGACUCUGUGAACCGGCCCGUCUGUGUGCACUGUUCUGGAUCAGGUGAUACUUUUCAUAAUAAAGACUCAACAGAAACUCA